AUUUAUUCAUUGCUUGGGAUGGCGUCCGAGGUGUUGCGGCAAUUUCGAAGAGGGUAGUCUGUUUUGAAAAUUUUGACAACGGUCUUAAAAAUGGCAGAUAAUCAGCAAAGUAGAUUUGAAAAAUCUCUCGGUUUACUGACUACUCGAUUUGUUACUCUUUUGCAAAAAGCGAAAGACGGCGUUCUCGAUUUAAAAGUCGCCGCAGAUAUUUUAGAAGUUAGACAAAAAAGACGGAUUUACGACAUUACAAAUGUCCUUGAGGGCAUUGGUCUUAUAGAGAAGAAAAGCAAAAAUAGUAUUCAAUGGAAAGGUGCAGGUCCUGGUUGUAAUACGCAAGAAGUUGGUGAAAAAUUGACAGAUUUGAAAGAUGAAAUUAAAAAAUUAGAGGAUCAUGAACACUUAUUAGAUACACAUACACAGUGGAUUCAACAAAGUAUAAAAAAUAUAGAGAACGAUAUAGUUAAUAAAAAGUAUGCAUACAUCUCUUAUGAAGAUGUUAAAGAAAAUUUCCCUGAUGAUUUUGUAUUAGGAAUUCAAGCUCCACCAGAUACAGAAUUAAGUGUCCCAAAUAUGGCUCAGGUGAAUAUAGCAGAGGAUGAAGAAAGAGAAAUAAAUUAUGAAAUGCUUUUAAAAAGUAAUUCAGGUGAAAUUAAGGUAUAUAUGGUUCAACCAGAUUUAGCAAAAACUUAUGAUAAUAAAGUAUUAGAAAUGAGGUUACAAGAAGAAUCAAAAGGUAUGAAGAGAGUAAAAGAAGAUGAUGAGAAAAAAGAGGAGGUCAACGUUAAACCAAAGAGAAAAGUAGGAAGACCACCAAAAGGUAUCAACAAACAUGGCUCUACCUUAUCCGACGAAGAAGAUGAAGAUGAUCCGGAAUUAAUAGAAGCAAAAAUAGUUCUUCGUGAUGUAAAUACAUCUGAUAUUAUACAAGGAGAACUUGAAAUACUUGAUCAAUUUUAUUCAGACAUUUGUGGUCCACUUGUCAGAUUAAGUCCACCGCCAGGAGAAAAAGAUUACCAAUUUAAUCUUAGUGAAAAUGAAGGAAUUUUUGAUUUAUUUGACAUCGCAGCAAAGUGAAAAUUACAUUUAGUAGUUUUCAAAAAUCAAUGGACAACUUAGGCAAUUGAAUAUUCACAGCAUCAGUGGAAUUAUUCUAAUAUUAUUAAUUGAUGCUAAUAUGCAGUGUAUAUAAUUUUAAAUAAUGGAUGUAAAUCACGAAUAUUAGAAUGUGCAGUAUUUUUUUAUCAUUAAAGGCUAAUGCAAGGUGAUCAAAAAAUCUGUAUAAAAAUCAAUUCAUACAUGGUGUAUUUAAAAAUAAUUCUGAACAUUUGACACAGUAUAUGAUAAAAUUAAUGAUGCAAAAUUUAUAUCUGUAUUUACACAGAACCCAAUUUACUAAUAUUAUUUUAUAUCGUUUAAUCAUUAAAUAUUGUAAAGCAGCAUUUUUGAGUUGAAGUAUAAUUAUGCAAAUUAGCAAUUUUUUAUUUAAUUAUUUUAUGUUGACAAAAAUAUAUGUACAUGUUUUGCUUUGUUUUUGAUAAUUAUUUUGAUCCAUAUAUUAUAUAUGAGACAAUAUCACAUGAAAUGUACAUUACGUAUAAUUAUGGAAUUUUUAGCUCUUUGAACUUUUUAUAAAAUUGAUAUCUAUAAAUAUCUAUAGAUGAUUAUUGAGUUAUAUACUUUGUACGAUAUUGUUUACGUAAUAAAGGAAAAAUUAUAUAUUUGGAAAAUGUUAGAAAGUUUAAAUUAAAAGUUAACAUUUUUCUUCCAAACAGGGAUUUAAUUGUAUUUAAAUCGUUAAAAAAAUCGUUGAAAUAAACGUUUCCUUUUAUUACGUACUACGUUUAGAAUAGCACGUUUAUGUUAAUAAUAGUACACGUAUGACGCGUUUAAACGUCAGCAUCAGUAUUUCGAAAGAAGCUUUACCGAAACGUCAGACAUUAUCAAAUCUAAGAUUUUCUUUUUUGGAUUAUCAUGCACGACGCAUUACCAUGGUAACAGAAAAUGAAAAACUCGUUGCUUACGCAACAGUGAAGAUAGAACCAAACUCAACCAAGACCGUGGUUAAGGACCACCACUGAGUAAUCAAGGACAGACAAGAAUGGAUCGACUAAUUUCGUCACCGGCGGGAGUUUUGCGCGUGUCGCGCAUAAGUCUUGUCUGUGUCAUUGGGAAUAUGCGCGAGUUUCCCGUAGUAGCGAAUCGUUUCCCAAUGCAGCGAUAUUGUCAAAUAGCUAUUUCUUCGAAAUCUUCACAAAGGAAUAUCGUAGAUUGCUCUCGCAAUAAUUUUUUCGAUUAGAUACGAACGCCUAUUUUACGUAUAUGUUACUCCAACUGUUAUCAGUACGUGAACAUAAAAACAUGUGAAAGAGAGAACAGUAGAUUUGCAUUCUUCGUUAUCUGAAAACGUAAUCUUUUCUUUUUUUUAAGCUACCCUUUUUCUACAUUAUCUGUAUCAUUUCUCAUUACUAGUACAUUUAAUAUUAAAUUGCAUAAGAUUUAACAAGAAAUAAAAACAUACGAUUAUUGAAGUGUGCAAGAUGAACGUCAGAAAAUAAAUAAUAAUGAAUAAUUUGUCGUUUUAGUGAUUAUAUAUAAAAAAAAAAAAAAUGCGAAUCAUUUUAGUAAAAUUUCGUGAAGUAUCC